AUGAGCAAUAUAGGCCAAUCAUCAUUGUCAUCAACAUGGAAUAAAGAGGUAGCAGGAAUAACAGUUACAGAAAAUCUUCCAGGGACCACUUCUCAAUUCUCAUCAUAUGGGAUCAUGGCAGAUGAAAGUACAAGAGGUUCAAGGAAUGUGCCUGAGGGAUAUUUACAUAAAUGGAAAACAUUUUUGGAAUUCCUACAAAAUGAAAAUUUAAAUACAGAAAUUUUAAUAAUGGUAAAAUUUGGAGAGUGGUUCUAUGAAAAAAUAAUAUAUUUUUUAAUUGGCUCUGAUACUAACUCUAGUCACCCUCUACCAAAUGGGUAUUGUGCACAUCAAAUGCCUGACAUGGUUCAAACUUGGAUUAGUGAAUUAGAGAAUGUUGUGCAGGCACCUGAAGAAGUCUUCAUGGAUGAAUUAUUGGCAGCUUGUGAUCAUUUGAAUGAACAGGAAUUUCUGGAUCUGGCUCAAAGAAUGAAAAUAGGUAUUGAAAAAACUUUGAAUGUCUUCAAAAAAUGGAUGAUUACCUGGACUAAAUUUCUACUUUGGAUAUGCAGUCUUGGAGGAGAGCAUGGCCCUGAAUUUGCACAAGCUGUUCUCAAUGUAAUACUUUCUCAUCCUCUUCCUGAUGAUCAACCUACAAUAAUAGUAAAAAAAUAUAUAGAAAGAUUAAAUGAGAAUUUAAAAGAUCAAAACAAUACAUUUGGGUUAUUUGAAGCAUUGGAAAAAAAUAACUUUAGAGAACAGUUCAUUGCAUUUUCAAAAGUUAAUUAUAUCCAGUUAAAAGAAUUUCCAUUGAUAUAUGAUUUUGUUAGACAUCGUAUCUGA